CUUGCAAAUUUGGUUGGCUAUGUCGGUUGUCAAUCACCGGAUGCUUCCGUUUCCGGUAGAGGUUGCAAAACACAAACAGACAGAAGUGUGUGGAGUGGAAAGGACACUUCGCAUAGACACUGAGAAGAACAAGAUGGUGUUGGCAGAAGUGCUCCAGGUGUUGAGGGGUGCCAGCAAGGUGGGCGCUGCCUUUGCCUCCAUUCAGGGUGAACAGCUCAGACUGAUGGCCUGCAACUCGACCUUUGGUGCAGGGCUCAAAGCUGCACAGGAGGCGGUCGAGGGCGUAAUGGGAGCAGGCGUGACACCCAAGACUGAGGAGUACCCUGACAUUGAGAAGUGGGAGGAGAUGGACCCGGAUGAAGCGGCAAAGUGGGCAGUCGGCUCUGAAAUGCCACCAGACAUUUCCAGCAAAGAUGGAAGGGAGGAAGUGUCAGAGAUACCUGUUGGUGCACCUACUGGCACGGUCAAAGGAGCCAGCUGGCCUGGUCAAAACACUCGAUUUCUGCAUGUAUCUGUGUCUCAUCAUCAUUUUAGGUUUGUCCAUGGUUCUGUGAUGGCCAGGUUAAGUCCUGAAGACAUUAAAAAGGCAAGGGAGGCAAAACAGAAUAUCGCCAGGCCUGUAAGACAAAAGCUUUGUGAGCGAGCCAGAGAACAGAAGGUACCUGCGACACGGAUUAGUCGAUUAGCUAAUUUCGGAGGAUUAGCUGUUGGACUUGGCAUUGGUGCCAUUGCUGAGGUGGCGAAACGGUCUUUUGGAGGAAAACGCUCCGAUAUGGGGGCUCUUUUAGACUCUCCCGUCCUGUCAGAGGCCAAUGCCGAGAGAAUCGUGAACACACUGUGUAAAGUCAGAGGAGCGGCCCUCAAGAUUGGGCAGAUGCUCAGCAUCCAGGAUAAUACCUUCAUUAACCCACAACUGCAGAAAAUAUUUGAGAGGGUUCGACAGAGUGCAGACUUCAUGCCAGCUUGGCAAAUGCAUAAAGUGCUUGAGGAGGAUUUAGGGCCUGGAUGGAAGGAGAAACUCUCAUCAUUUGAGGAAAAACCCUUCGCAGCUGCCUCCAUCGGUCAAGUGCAUCAUGCAGUUUUGCCUGACGGGAGGGAAAUUGCUAUGAAGAUACAGUACCCUGGUGUCGCUGAGAGCAUUCGUAGUGACAUCAACAAUCUCAUGUCUGUUCUGAAGAUGAGCGUUGUGCUGCCUGAUGGUCUGUUUGCUGAAAGCAGUCUUGAGGUACUUCAGAGGGAGCUGGCAUGGGAGUGUGACUACAAGAGAGAGGCGGAGUAUGCAAAGCGAUUCAGGAAUUUGCUGAAAGAUGAUGCAGUAUUUGUUGUCCCUGAGGUUUUUGAUGAGCUGUCGGGUCGUCAUGUGAUCACCAUGGAGCUAGUUCAUGGAGUUCCACUGGACCGCUGUGUUGAUUUGAAUCAGGAGACUAGAAAUGAGAUCUGUUUCAACACCCUGCAGUUGUGUUUGAGAGAGCUGUUUGAGUUCCGCUUCAUGCAGACAGACCCCAACUGGUCCAACUUCUUCUAUAAUAGAGAACAGAACAAGAUAUUUCUGCUGGACUUCGGGGCUUGCCGAGAUUACCCAGAGUCAUUCACAGAUGAGUACAUAGAGGUGGUUCAUGCAGCGUCUGUCGGAGACACGGCUACUGUUCUGCAGAAAUCUAAAGUCCUAAAGUUCCUUACUGGGUUUGAAUCCAAGGCCUUCCAGGAUGCACACGUAGAGGCAGUCAUGAUUCUCGGCGAAGCGUUCGCUUCUCCUGAAGCGUUUGACUUUGGCACUCAGAGCACCACACAGCGCAUCCAGAGCCUGAUCCCCGUCAUGCUUCAACACCGUCUCACUCCUCCCCCAGAAGAGUCUUACUCUCUGCACCGAAAAAUGGCUGGCUCAUUCCUCAUCUGUUCCAAGCUGAAGGCCCGCAUUCCCUGCCGAAAUAUGUUCCUUGAUGUUUACAAUGCCUACCAUCGUAAGCGACAGGACAGAUGCACCCAGGUUUAGACUUCAUAGGAAGACGCAUAGAGUUUGGAUGGUAUCAAGUACCAUGGGAAAGUGCACUACAACCAAGGACGAUAUUUUCAGAUGCCACAAUAAAUACUGUUAUUUGUUGGUUUAUCAAACAAGCAGCUCUGAGUGUUGAGGUGUACGUUCAUAGAAUUUGUUCAGACGUCAGUGUUAUGAUCAUUGCCAAGCUUUUAAAAUUUAAUAUUAAACAAUGAACAAAUUUCCUCCAGUUGAGUGAAAUACAUCUCAAAAUUCUUGUGAUGAAGGAUAUGAGUCUUACAAUAGAAUUUAGAUAGGACUAUUUGAUUUAACAUCAUUUUGCUAUUUAUUUCAUGUUAGAAAAGUCAUUGUAAGUCUGUGUGUAUGUCACUUGACGUCAUUAAAAGUAUGUGACAACUGUUUCAUAAAAA